CUAGUCUCACACUGCAAAUCUAACUGGCAGAGGACAGGAGUAGGCACCUCACUCACUGCUGCUGUGCCUUUCAGCUUCUCCAGCCCCCUCGUGGGCCUGAUCCUACUAGCUCCCAGGUGGGCACAGAAUGCUGGCCUGUUACCGACCCCCGGGGAACGAGACGCUGCUGAGCUGGAAGGCCUCGCGGGUCACAGGCACGGCCUUCCUGCUGCUGGCGGCGCUGCUGGGACUGCCGGGCAAUGGCUUCGUAGUGUGGAGCUUGGCGGGUUGGCGGCCCGCAAGGGGGCGACCGCUGGCGGCCACGCUGGUGCUGCACCUGGCGCUGGCCGACGGCGCGGUGCUGCUGCUCACGCCUCUCUUCGCGACCUUCCUGGCGGGGCAGGCGUGGCCGCUGGGCCAGGCGGGCUGCAAGGCGGUGUACUACGUGUGCGCGCUCAGCAUGUACGCCAGCGUCCUGCUCACCAGCCUGCUCAGCCUGCAGCGCUGCCUCGCCGUCACCCGCCCUUUCCUGGCGCCCCGGCUGCGCAGUCCGGCCCUGGCCCGCCGCUUGCUGCUGGCCGUCUGGCUGGCCGCUCUGCUGCUCGCAGCCCCGGCCGCCGUCUACCGCCACCUGUGGGGAGACCGCGUGUGCCAGCUGUGCCACCCGUCGCCGGCCCACGCCGCGGCCCACCUGAGCCUGGAGACGCUGACCGCCUUCGUGCUUCCUUUCGGGCUGGUGCUCGGCUGCUACGGCGUGACGCUGGCGCGGCUGCGGGGCGCCCGCUGGGGCGCCGGGCGGCGCAGGACGCGGGUGGGCCGGCUGGUGAGCGCCAUCGUGCUCGCCUUCGGCUUGCUCUGGGCGCCCUACCACGUGGUCAACAUUCUGCAGGUGGUCGCCGCGCUGGCUCCGCCGGAAGGGGCCUUGGCCAGGCUGGGCGGGGCGGGCCAGGCAGCGAGAGCUGGAACUACAGCUUUGGCCUUCUUCAGCUCCAGCGUCAACCCGGUGCUCUACGUCUUCACCGCAGGGGAUCUGCUGCCCCGGGCAGGUCCCCGCUUCCUUACAAGACUCUUUGAGGGCUCUGGAGAGGCCCGAGGCGGGGGCCGCUCUAGGGAGGGGACCAUGGAGCUCCGAACUACCCCUCGGCUCAAAGUGGUGGGGCAGGGCCGGGGCGAUGGAGACCCUGGGGGCGGGGUGGAGAAGGACAGUCAGGGAUGGGACCCUUGACACCAAAC